UCGAAUCCUUUACGACUUGGAUCAUUGACCAUGUUUUUAGCUUUUCUGGGUCAUUGUCCUUGCACACCUUUAUUUACGUGUUUCCAUAAUUAUUCUUAGUUUUUGGUCAACGUAAUGAAAUGGGUUUUAUUGUAUAGAUUGCGAUAUCUUCUUCUACUUGAUGGAAUUGAUCUCGUUGAUAACACAAUCAACAAAAGGCUAAAUCAUGUUUUGACAUGUUCAGUCAUCAGUGUUGAUUAGGACUUUUGAUUUCCAAAUUUUAGAGGAUUUUUGAUGCAAAACUAUCGAAUUUAGAAACCAAGUCUUUGUAAUAAUGUAAACAGUUAAACCUGCAGCUGUUGGGCUUUAACCGAAGCUAUACUAGUGGCUGUCUUUUGGGUAUUAGGUCGUUCAUACAGCAAAUUUUGACAGAAAAUAUAGUGAGGUUAAGGAUUGAUAUGUUGGUAUUCUGUUAUUCCUUCUGUGGCUAGUGUAUGCACUUUGUCAAUAUCAAUCUUAAUCAGAAAGUGGUCAUACAUUUAUCCUCUAAAGGUUUACUUUUGGGGGAUUGUGAAUGCUGUGAGAGUGAAAGUAAGAUGCAACUUUGUAAUUAGAACUUUUGCAUUGACAUAUAUGGUAAGUUUUUAAGAGUGCUUAAGCUCUUCAGGACUCCAAAUAGGGCAUACCUUUGUUGUGUAAUAAUGCGGUUAAUGAGCACGAUUUCUACAUACUAUAUCAAUUCAUAUGAAUGAGUGCUCUAGGAUUUGUUGAGGGUAUAACUUUACUUAGGACUGAAUGAUGAAAUUCGUGAAUUCUAAUUUUAUAUUGAAUUUUUUUUUCUGUUAUGGGUUUGUGUAGUCGACCUAAAAUUGUUUGCAAUGGAGGCUUUCACAGGGAUGAUGACGACGACGAUGCAAAUGCAGAUGAAAUUUAGUCUAGGAAAUUUAAAUGAUAGGGCUUGGGAUAAAUGAGUUUAAAAUUUAGGUUGGGUUACUUGGGUAAUGGAGAUUAUAUAUUUGGGCAUCUAGUAUUUAAUUGUAAGGGCAACUCUGCCUGUUCUGGAGUUAUGUUCUUAGAUGUACUUCUGAGACAGAUGUUUAUGUUGUAUCGUGAGCUAGAGUACCAGAACUUCACCAUUUGUGAGUAGGAAGUAUAUCAGUUUCUAUGGGCUAAAAUUUCUGGUUUGGUAGAAAUUGAGUACAUUGUAGUGUGCUGAAUUCUUUCUUCAUUGGCAGAUGCUCAGUUGUUCUAAAUCAUACUAAUAUGUUCUUUACUGAAAGAGCACAUGUGCCUUUUGGUCCACUAGUGUUUGUAUUAUACAGGCCAAACUCCAAAGAAGCUUAUGUUUAAAUAGUGUAAGGCAGUUACUUGUCUAUGCGUUGUAGUGCAACCCCGAUUACUAGCACAAAACAGGAAGAAAAAGAAAAGAAAGAAAAGAAAAGAAACAAGAGAGAAAAGGUCGGAUUGGGCUCAUCCUCAGACUCUGGAAAGGGGAAGAGUAAGAUGUCAAAACACAUAACACAUGGUUAUCACCUAGUAAAGGGGAAAUCUCAUCAUGCUAUGGAAGAUUAUGUUUAUGCACAGUUCAGGCAAGUCGAUGACAAUGAGCUUGGUCUCUUUGCAAUAUUUGAUGGCCAUCUGAGCCAUGAAGUUCCUGAAUAUUUGAGGUCACAUUUGUUUGAAACUAUUCUAAAUGAGCCCAGUUUCUGGACAGAACCUGAGAAUGCGAUAAGGAGAGCAUAUCGUGUAACUGAUACUGAUAUCUUAGAGAAAGCAAUAGAUUUUGGGAAAGGGGGUUCAACUGCAGUCACAGCGAUAUUAAUUAAUUGUCAGAAGCUGGUGGUGGCCAAUGUUGGUGAUUCUCGGGCUGUUAUUAGCAAAAAUGGUGUGGCCAAACAACUCUCUGUCGAUCACGAGCCAAGUACUGAAAAGAAGAUCAUUGAGAGUAGAGGUGGCUUUGUAUCAAACUUUCCAGGCGAUGUUCCUCGUGUUGAUGGGCAGUUGGCAGUGGCAAGGGCUUUUGGUGACAAGAGCUUGAAAGAGCAUCUCAGUUCUGAACCAGAUGUGGUGGUUGAGAUGAUUGACGAUGACACGGAUUGCAUUAUCUUGGCUAGUGAUGGCUUGUGGAAGGUAAUGUCGAACCAAGAAGCAGUAGAUGCUAUCAAGCACAUGAAAGAUGCUCGUUCAGCAGCAAAGCUCCUUACUGAAGAGGCACUUAAUAGGAAUAGCACGGAUGACAUCUCCUGCGUAGUUGUAAAGUUUCAAUGACCUUGGAAUUCUCCAUAUAAUUGUCUUCGAAGGAAUCCUCAGCAAUGUUUGGAAACACUUCAGCUUGUCAAUAAUGGCAUUUGUAUUUUGGUAUGCUUUUCCUUCCAUCAAUGUUUUAUAGAUGCGAGCAAAUUGAACAAGGCUGAUCGGAGUGUUCAAAUCUUGACGGCCACUCCUGAUGCUCGAGUUCGUACCUGUGCUCAUUGCUCUCAUACAGUUCUUAAAUUCUUAUGUGCUUUUUAAUCAUCUGAAAGACACCAAACAAAGUGGUCUACUGUAGUCUUCUCUGUUUCAUAUUUUUCUUUUGUCAAUGGUUGUAAUUUGCACUUCUUGUAAAUUCCAGUCAAGACCCUUUUAUCUCCAAUAAGAGGAGCUAUUGAUAUA